AGGAGAUAUUAAUUAGAUCUUCUGGGUUGGGUGUGAGUGGAGUUUGCUUUGGUUGGGUCUGUUAUUGUAUUUUUAAAUAACACCUGCUGUGGCCACCAACCAAAGAAAAAAAUCAGUAUCUUGCUGAGAGGUGGAGGUAGGCUCCUCCUGGGCAUCCUGGUUAAUCCAGAGCUCAGAGGGAGCUGGUAUUGUGGGAUAUCUGGAAUCAGUGUGCAUCUUCCUAAUACCUCACCACCAUCAAUCAACAUCCAUCUCCAUCAACCACAAAGACUUAUUUGCAGCAUAGUCAUUCUAUUCUUCUGGUCCCUCUUCUUUUCAGAAUAAGAACAAGAAGCAAUGGUAUUCAAGUUAUUUUUCUCUCUAUUGCUCACCAGCCUCCAAGCUGCUGGAGGCUGCCAUGUUUCUCCCCAUCGAUUAGGAAAAAGUGCCUCUGAUUUUGCUUUCCGAGGUAUUCACAGUGCCAAAGAUGCCUCACUCAUCUGCAAGAUGACAGAAAAAAAUGCUGACUUUGCAUUCACUCUAUAUAAGCAAUUGGUCUCUCAAGACUCUGAUUUGAAUGUUUUCUUUUCCCCAUUGAGUGUCUCUAUGAUCCUGUCUCUGCUGACCCUUGGAGCACAUUCUACUACCCGUACUCAGAUUCUUGUGGGUCUGGGUUUCAAUCUCAAGGAAAUUCAGGAAGAUGCAAUCCACAAAUUCUUCCAGAAUUUGAUUCUCAAUCUCAACAUGCCUAAUCCUGAGCUCCAACUAAGCAUGGGGAGUGCACUGUUUGUUGAGGAAAGGUUCCGACUACUGGAAGAGUUCUCACAAAAUGUAAAGACCAUGUACAUGUCAGAAGCUCUCUCCAUUGACUUCCAGUAUCCUGCCAGGGCUCAGAAACGCAUUAAUGACUACAUAUCAGAGCAAACCCAAAAGAAAAUUGGGGGUUUGGUCAAAAAUGUUGAUGCCAAUACUAUGAUGAUUCUAGUGAAUUACAUCUUCUUUAAAGCUUCAUGGGAAAGAAAUUUUGAUCCUAAAAGAACUAAAGAAGAGAAUUUCAUUGUAUCAGAAAAGACAAUGGUGAAGGUCCCCAUGAUGAUCCACGAAGACAUACACUAUUAUUUCCGGGAUAGGAGCCUCUCCUGUAGUGUGCUGCAAAUAGCUUAUGCAACAAAUGAGACAGCCUUGCUUGUUCUUCCUGACCAAGGGCAGAUGAAACGUGUGGAGGCUGCCCUAAAUCAAAAAAUUAUGAAACGGUGGCUCAAGGGACUCAAAAAGAGAGCUAUGGAAUUACGCAUUCCAAAGUUAUCCCUUUAUGGCAAGUAUGAGCUGCAGAAGAUACUUCCAGCCCUGAAGAUUACGAAUAUUUUCUCUAAAGAGGCUGAUUUCUCUGGCAUCAUCGACUUGAACAACAAACCUAGCCAUCUGACCCCUCUGAUUUCUCAAAUUGUCCAUGAGACUGGAUUUGAAAUGGACGAGUCAGGUCCACAAGUUGCUAUUAAUACCAAGAGCCACAUCAAAGUCAGAUUGUCAACUGCUCGACACCACAUGAUGGAAUUCAACAGACCUUUUCUGAUUAUGAUCCUUACUCAACCUAACCAGAGCAUUCUUUUGCUUGGCAAAGUGGUGAACCCCAGAGAAGCAGAAGGGCUAUCUGCUUCCACUUUAUCUUAAGCUUUUCCUUUAGAAUGCAAGGGCAACCAUCUAUCCACAUGUACCUCCUGGGGGAGAAGGCAGCAAGGGAGGGUGAGGGUGGAUCAUUGUGCAGCUUCCUAUGAAUAAAGAGCAAUGUAUACAUGCAAA